AUGCGUAUUUUAGACGACUUUACGAAUUGUGAAAAUAAUGUUCGAUUGGAAGGAAAAGUAGCUAUAAUCACUGGAGCAACGUCAGGUACUGGACUAGAAGUUGCCAAGAAUCUAGCAAAACGUGGAGCCAAAAUCAUCAUAGCAAGUCGCAAUCCUGCCAAGUUGUCAGAUGCAAAAAAUACCAUCAUCCACAGCUCUGGUAACGAAAAUGUUAUUUCAAAGACAAUGGACUUCGAAUCUCUCAAAUCCAUUCGCAAUUUUGCCAAUGACAUCAACACGUUCGAGCCGAGGCUUAACAUAUUGAUUAAUAAUAUCGGAGCUAUCGGACUAGAAGAUCGAUUGACUGCUGACAACUUACACACUAUGAUGCAAGUUAAUUACUUUGGAGCAUUUUUAUUAACUUUUCUUCUUUUUCCACUAAUGAAAGCAUCAGCGCCUAGUAGGAUCAUAAAUUUGUCAUCUUUAGGUCUUAUUUUUGGGCAAAUUGAAAUUAAUCACAUGAAUGAUGUAGGAAGAUACUCCAAUUUUGGAUUUUAUUGCAACGCUAAAUUAGCGACUGUGUUAUUUACGGUGGAAAUGGAUAAAAGAAUUAAAAGCAGUGGAGUAAACGUAUACAGUAUGGACCCAGGCUUAGGCAAGUCGGAAUUUUUUAGGCAUUAUAAUAGUACUCCAUCGAAGAAAUUUUGGAACUCAGCACUUUUGACAUUUGGAAGGCCUUUACACAGAGUAGCAACAAUGCCCGUCUUCUUAGCUGUCGACCCCAGAGUAGAAGGGUCAAGUGGAAAACAUUUUCGUGACUGUGCUGAAUUCUACAGCUCGUGGUUUGCUAACGAUACUGUACUAACUAAAAUGCUGUGGGAAGAAUCAAAACGGUUAGUAGGCAUUACACCCGAAGAAGAUUGGGAAAAAAUAAGUGUC